GUUUUCAAAUUUCAACUCCACUGGUAUGCUGCAGAACUCGCGCUCGCUUCCCUUGAAUUUAUGAUUGAAUUUGGUACUCUAAUGGUGGUAAUUGCACUGUUCCAUUUUCGAAAAACGACUGGUCUCGCAUCUAACUUCGUACGCGCGCACACAUACCUUACCUCUAACUAUUGCUAGCUCUAUUCUGUUUCGGGUUCGUAGAUUCUCUGUUGUUCACGAUAUCGUGAACAUUAAAUAGAUCUACAUGUUUUUUUAACCCAUAAAUCAUCUGAAAUUAAUUCGCAAGAAUCUACAUUACUCAUAAGUCGUAACGAACGAUAGAGGAAGAAGAACAGCUACGGCUACAUAGUCAUAGACUGCACGUAACACGCACACACUAUCGGACUUCCUUAAUUGACCAAUCAGAACAUGGCUAACGUGCUGUCUUUAACGGGACGUAUUUCUGCUGACGCUCGGGUGCAUGUGCAGGGUUUGAUCGCCAGAAAAGAUGAAAUAGAAGCAGAAAUCAAGGCUUUAUUCGAAGUUUUGGAAUCUCAAAAUGGAGUUGGUAUGACAGGGCCGUUGAUUGAUGCAGAGGGCUACCCAAGAAAUGACAUUGAUGUUUAUUCAGUGAGAACUUCCAGACACAAAAUUAUCUGUCUACAGAAUGAUCACAAAGCCUUAAUGCAAGAAGUUGAACAGGCUCUUCAUACACUGCAUGGCAUUGAGAGACAACAGCGGGAACAGGGCACCUACAAUCCCGUUGCAAACGGGUCCAGUAAUGGAGCUGCUUCAAUCCCAUUCGCCAAGGUGGACCUGGUUUCACAAGGAUCCCCAGCAGAGAAAGCUGGUGUACAUGUCGGUGACAAAAUCCUAGAGUUUGGAUCAGUGACUUCAAUGAAUUUUAGAAGUAUUAAAGACAUCGCUCCAGUGGUGCAACACAGUCAAAAUAAACCUAUCCGUGUUGUUGUACAGCGAGAUGAGGAUAAAGUGACCCUCUCUUUGACUCCACAAACUUGGAGUGGAAGAGGUCUCCUCGGAUGCAAUAUAAUUCCAAUAAGAUAAAGAGAGGAUGGAACGAGAUGUUGUAACAGCACUAUAAAGAUGAAGACAAAGACAGUGGAAUCUGACUAUUCAUACUUUAAGUUUAUAUAUAUAGUUUCCUUUUGAUAAACUUGCAUGUCGUAUAAAUGAAGCAAGCAGCCGAUUGGAGACCACCUUAGUGUGAAAUGGAGCCCAGGCUGACCAUAGAAAGACUGAUUCUACGAUCUUCAUCACUUGAUGGUCUUGCCUGCAUAGCAGAAGGGAGUCACAGGCACCGCUUUUUCGUCGGCAUCAGAAAAAUUGAAGUCUUAAACAAGGCUAAGUUGCAAGUAGUGAUAACAUCUGAAUGACAUCAGUGGUGAUUGAUAGCAUUAUCAGUUGUAAGUGAUGAUAAUGUCUGAAUGACAUAUUACUGAUAACCACUGGUGACUGAUAGCACUAUCACCAAUUUCCGAAACAAUUCAAAGUUGCAAAAUGAAUGUCUUUUUCAAUUCUGUUGGAAACAGUGUUUGAUAAAAUAUGCAGUUCUGUUUUAACAGUAUAUUAUGUCAAAUCUGGUAUUCCAAGAAGCCAAUGUAUUUUCAAAUUGUCAUUAGUAAUUUCACACCAAACAGGGUGGAAAAUCAAUGUUUAUUUUUGUUUCAAUUUAUCAGUGAAUGGUUUAUUCUCACAUCACCAAAAAUAGAUUUAAUGUCUUUUAAUUGUGCACUGUCUUGUGCGGUUUCACUAAAAAUAUUGUUGUAUACAUCUAUCCUCUAUUCAUGUUACGGCCUUGUAUAUACACACACAUGGUACAAAAAUAAAAAAAUUAAAUGCUUGAAUUUAAUCAGCAUAAUACUUCAGUUUGAUGUACAUGUAGGAUACUCUUUCAUUCUUACAUGUACAAGUAUAUAAAAUUUACAAUUUCAGUUUGUCAGCAACUUAGAUAUUUUGUAUUGAUCAGUAGCGACUAUAGUGUACUCUUUGAUAUUUGUAAGUCAUAAUCAUUUGUGAUGACUUGCAAAUAGGAGGUUAAUGUCUUUCUCCAAAUGCAGUGAUAUCAGAGUACUUGUGUACAAGGAAAUAUAUCUGAUAAAGGAUUGGGCUAUUUUAAACUAUUGGGUAUCUUGUGGGCCAUGAUGACCUCCCUCCUAAUCUCAGCUACUAUCCACACCAAAGUUUAGCAUGCAUGUUCCUUACAAUGUCAACUACAGUGCAUAAGCCUAUUUAAGUGAAAAAUAGUUAUUUUUUUAAUUGAUAUGUAUUUGUUUAUGCAAAUUUAUGUACAAAAAAUAUUUGCAUAUUUCACUUCCCAAUUUCAUUUCAAAUUUCUUUUAUUUUGCAAAUGUCAUCUUGUGCUUGUAUAAUGAAAAAUGCAACCAAAAAAUGUGUUUACAUAUUUGGGGGUUUAUAUAUUUUUUUAAAAUACUUUAUUUUCUUUGAAAAGUCACAUGGUAGUCACCACUUUUACAAAGUCUUUAUAAACUCCCGGGACAUCACUGGAAGUCACGAAAAGCAGCAAUUUAGUCAUGGAAAAGUCUUGGAAAAGUCAUGGAAUUCUGUUUUCAAUUUUCUGUGGGAACCCUGAUAAUGGUCAAUGCAAAAGGUAAUAUGUGAGGAUACUUUUAGUUUCCCAUUUUGUUCAAGAAGCUUUGUUUGUAAAUAUAAAAUAAAAUCAUAUUGAUAAU